GAUAAGAAAGUUAAUUACCGACAGGCUGACUUGGUACACGAUCGCUGGUUGGUUGUUAUGAAGCACAUGCAGUAACCCGGCAAAUUACUACACAGCGCGCUAUCGCUAGGCAGGCUGCUGCGGAUUACAUGUGAUUUCCUCGUCAUUCCUUACAGGUUUGUAGGGACCAUGGACCUUAUAACUGACAAGAUUCAGGAGGGGCUGAAGUACUAUGAGUGGUGCCUGUCUUUUUCAGACCCACGAGUGGCAGACUGGCCCCUGAUGGACAGAUGGGCCCCCACACUGUACCUGACGGCAGCUUACCUGCUGAUCGUGUGGUUGGGUCCCAGGCUGAUGGAGAAAAGGAAACCCGUGGAGCUGACGUGGCUGAUGGUCCCGUACAACUUUGCUACCGUGCUGCUGAACCUGUACAUCUGUGUGGAGCUGGCCACAGCAUCCUGGGCUGCAGGAUACAGCUACUCCUGUCAAAGGGUCACUUACUCCAACGAUGUCAAUGAACUUAGAAUAGCGAGCGCCCUGUGGUGGUACUUCAUCUCCAAGCUGCUGGAGUUUGCUGACACGUUCUUCUUCAUCGCGCGUAAGAAAAACAGCCAGAUCUCCUUCCUGCAUGUGUACCACCACACCACCAUGUUUGCUCUGUGGUGGGUUGGCAUCAAGUGGGUCGCUGGCGGGCAGUCCUUCUUUGGUGCCAUGAUGAACUCCGGUGUGCAUGUGCUGAUGUACACAUAUUAUGGCCUGUCAGCGAUGGGCCCACGUUUCCAGAAAUAUCUCUGGUGGAAGAAGUACAUGACUGUCAUACAGCUGACCCAGUUCUUCAUUGCAUUUGCCCACUGUGUGCAGUCCCUGUAUGUGGAGUGUGACUUCCCUGGGUGGAUGCACUGGGGCUUGCUGAUAUAUGCCACUUCACUAAUCGUCCUGUUUGGAAACUUCUAUGUAAAUGCUUACAAGAAACCUAAGAAGGCUGUAGGAGAGGGGAAGACGUCAGACAAGGACAAGGCUGGGAAUGGACUACAGCAUAAGAAUGGGUUUGUAAAAGCCAAGAAACAGCAGUAGAAUAAUAGAAAAAUUGUUCAGAGUGAGGUAAGCAAUGAUCAUGAGAUUGACUUAAAACAUUGCACCACGUAAACAAUCAUGAUUUGUUGUACAUGUAUUUAGGAAUAGAGUUUUAGAAUGUUAAGAAUUGGAAUGUAUAGGAUAAGAUUAUACUCCCCAGUCUCAAUGAUGUGUGUCUGAGUUGUCUCUGCAGUAUUAGCCUUUGUAGGAAAUGCUGAAUGAUUGAGAUAUAGCACUAGAGAUAUGCAUGUUAGUGUAAUUUUAGGCUUAGUGUCGGUUGGUGUUGUAAGUGGUAACAGAAAUUGUAUAGGUGGACACAGACAAAAAAAGGAUGGUCGGUUGAAGGACCUCAAAAUGGCAUCAGUCUUUGCAUAGAAGCUUAAGCUUGGAGCUGACCUUUUGGGGCCAAAAUUGUGAUGGUUUCUGAGUGGGCCCAGGCUCUGUUGUAGUGAGAUCUUGGACCCAAUCAGAAACCGUCAAGAUCAUUUCACAAUGUCAAGAUCUGUUUAGAAAUUACAAAACAGGGUUAGAUAAGCUGACAAAGCAAAGCAACAAUAAAUUGUUUGUGAGGUUUUAUAGAUGAAAAAUAUUUCACCUCCACUACACCCUUUUUCUGUCCGGAGAAAAUGUCAACUAAGGAGGAUCACUAUGGAAUACUCGUUCAAAUUAGUAUAUUGGUAGACAGAAAAUAACCAACACUGCCAAACUCUGAUUUUGUAAAUAUGAAAUGAGAUGCCACAAUGGAUUGAUUUUGAAAUAAGUUUUUGCAGUGAAAGUCAAUAAGCUAUGUCAGUUUUUCUAGGAUGUUUACUUUGAUGCUUUUAGGUAUCAGUAAUCAAGCAAGGCUAACUUUUGCUAAUUGAUUGAAUAAUUGUAUUUUAAGCAAAUCUGACUGAAAAUGUGAUAAGCAAUACACAUACAUGUACAUGUAGCCUAUUGUUAGAUGCAGCAGAUAAAACUCAAGCCAAGUGUUUUGAUAUCAAUGAGCUUAUUAUAGAAAAGGCAUUGUGGUAACUUUGUCAUCGAUUUACUCAGUUAAUUGUGAACUAGAUCUUGAAGGAACUAAAAAGAGCAUGGCUGAUUUGGAUAUACAGAAUCAGGACAAUCUUUUUUAAUCAUGUGGAAGUUAUUUUAAAGGUUUCAAUGAGAUUUUAUUCUGAAAGAACCAUAUUAACUAACGUUAAUUGUAUAAUGAAUUAUAUUGCCAGUCACAGAUAUUUGAAAUGUAGUAGUAUGUAGGCAAACAACAUAUGUUAUCUUUGGUACACCAAUAAGGUUCCAAGCAGAUUGUAACUUUGGUACAUAUUGAAUCAACAGUGAUUUGAGUAGCUAGAGAAAUCAGGUCCACUUCUACAUUCAUGCAUGCCAAAGCUUUCUGUGCCUUUUGUAUAAUUUCAUGAAUUUAACUUAUUGCUCAGACUGUAGACGCUAUAUUAUUCUCUAGUAUUUCUAUAUAAGUGUAUGUAUCAGUGAUUGAUUUUAAGCUUGUAGCUGUCUAUGCAAAGGUGAUGUUACUCGUCUUGAUUCAGGAAAAUGGGACCAUCUUCCAUUCAAUUCUAAAUAUGCCGAAAUGCAAGUGAUAGUACAAACCAAUGUUGUGUGUAACUGUUGUAUCAAGGAGGUUGGUUGUAUGAAGUGCUUGUUCAACGCACGAGUAAUUCAACCAAUUUCCUCGUGGGUAGUCAGAGUUUGGCUAUUCCUUUGCCAAAGAAUAAUGGUUGCCAAUUGCCAUAGGAUAUGCACUGCUGUUGCCUAUGUGUAAGGAACUGCCUCCAUCAAGGUAGAAAGAGAGGCCAGAACAUUAGGACUUUGGUAGGAACAUUUUCUUGAGUGUGUUUACCUCUUUUGUACCUCUUUUUUAUGGAAUGGCCUAGCAGGGUUUGAGGUCAGUGCUUGUAUAUACACAUGUAUGUUCUGCAAAUAUUUCAUUUGAAAUUGGCAUUGCUGAGAAUAUCUCAUCAUAUAAGGAUUGUCAUUUAGACAAAUAAUGGAGAAUGAUUAAAGUAAGAUGAAUACUCGAG